CUUCUUUUCUUCUCUCUCUAAAAAACUAACCGCCUCUUUCUCUCUCUUAAAGGCAGCUCGUAUCUGCUUCUCCGCUGUUACUCAAGGUAUAUAUCGUAGCUAUACGUACAUAUAUUACAUAUAUACGAUCGUACACGCAGUACUGUGUGCGUAUAUGUGUGUUUCGCAGAGGAAAAUGCAAUUUCGUCUUUGAAAUUUCAGGUUAUUGGAUGAUUUUUUUUCUGGGGUUUAACAGUGCUAUUGUAUGUAUUUCUGGAAAUGUAUACAUUUGCUUGUGGCGUUUCAUAUUUGUGUGUGUGUGUGUGUGUGUGUGUGUUUUGCGCGAGAACACACACACACAGAGUAAUGAGGGAAAAGUAAUGUGGUAUUUGUUAGGGUUUGUGCGUGUGAUUGAAUUGGAAUUCCGACUGAAGUUUGAUGAAGCAGAAUCGAUUUUGGAAAUACUUUUCUUCAGUUUUACAUUUGCCAUUAUACGAAGCUUCCCCCCAUUGUUUUAUGCUUUAACAAUUGUAAACUUAUAUUUUACCUUUAUUUAACUGUGUUGAUGAUUUCCCCCCUUUUUUUUCUGUGGUUUUAGGUGAAACUGGGGAAUUCUGGAGGCAUAUAAUUUCUUAGUGUGUUUUUUUGGGGAAGAAGAAAAAUGACUAAGCACUUGUUUUGGCUGAUUGUAACUCUCUGCUGCGCAAUCAUGGGACUAAAUUCUUGGGCAAUCACCGAUGAAUCGGAUGUUCAAGCUCUUCGGGAUCUGUACAGAUCCCUGAACAGGUCCGAGCAGCUGGUACAUUGGAAAUCCGAAGGAGGAGACCCUUGUGACGAAGAUUGGAUCGGAGUUCAGUGCUUCGAAUCAUCCAUAAUCAACCUUCAACUUCACGGGCUGGAGCUCACUGGAAAUCUUGGGUAUCAGCUGUCCAAUCUAAAAAGUUUGAAGCAUAUGGACCUUAGUUCAAAUAACAUUGAAGGCUCAAUCCCGUAUAGUUUACCACCGAACCUCACACACCUAAACUUUGCUAUGAAUAAGUUUAGUGGAAGCAUUCCGUUCUCGUUGGAGGAGAUGAAACACCUUCGACAUCUGAACGUGAGCCACAACAUUUUAGUUGGACCCCUAGGAGAUCUGUUUAAUGGCCUUGUGAAUCUUAGAGAAAUGGAUUUGUCGUUCAAUAACUUCACUGGAGAUCUGCCCACCUCAUUCAGAUCAUUGACAAACCUCACAGGCUUGUUUAUGCAGAGCAAUCAACUCACUGGAUCAGUGUUUUUCUUAUCAAAUCUAUCGCUUACUGACUUGAAUAUUGAGGACAACCAUUUUAGUGGUGUUAUUCCAGAAAAGUUUCAAACUAUAGCCAACUUGAGGUUUGGGGGCAAUAAAUUCGACAGAGGAAUACACUAUCCACCAUGGAGAUUUCCUUCCAACAUUAUGCCAAAGGAGCAGAAUAUCACCAGUCCACCAUCAACGAAUUUAAGUGCAAUCGAAAGCCAUCCUUCUCAAGUGUUAACAGGAGGAGUUCACAAGAAGACAAAAAAAUCACAUGCAGCAUCUGUAGUUCUAGUCAUUGGUGGGAUCGCUCUCGUUGCAGCAUUUGCAGCCAUUGCACUUGUGGUCCGCAAACGCCGCUCACAUGGAAAAAUACUCGGUAGUUUGGAGAGCAGUGAAGACUCAAUGAGAUCUCUACCAAUCGGAAGAGUCCGAGGCAUAGAUUAUCUAUCAAUGGCCACACGGGACAGCCCGCGUUCGUCAGCAUUCAGCUCUUCCCCAAUGAUCACCCCUUCUCGUUUGCCACCUAUUCAGACUAGAACGGUAAAAUCAUCGAAGAGAAAAAAUUUCGGCAGGAGUAAAAUGAUAAUUGGUGCAAAACUGUACACAAUAGCAGAGCUUCAAAUGGCAACAAACAGCUUUGGUGAAGAGAACUUCAUCGGUGAGGGUUCCCUUGGUUAUGUUUACAGGGCAGAUUUUCCAGAUGGCAAGAUUUUGGCUGUGAAGAACAUAAAAACAGUACCUCUGUCCAUCAUUGAAGAACAACAAUUCUUCGAUGUGAUUAGAAAUGCAUCCCGUUUGAGGCACCCUAAUAUCGUGACACUUCUUGGAUAUUGCAUGGAGCAGGACCAGCAUCUCCUCGUAUACGAAUUCAUCAGGAACUUGACUCUCGAUGAGGCUUUGCAUUCUGUUGCAUACAAGCCACUAUCGUGGGGCCUACGCCUAAGGAUUGCUCUUGGCAUAGCAAGAGCGUUGGAAUACAUGCAUUCGUUCUGUGUGCCACCAUUUGCACAUAGCAACUUGAAGGCUGCAAAUAUCUUACUUGAUGAAGAGCUUAUGCCCCAUCUUUCUGACUGUGGCCUGUCUAUCUUGAGACCUCUUUCCAGCAAUAAAGUAAAACUCAAGGCUUCUGAAAUGGCAAUUGCUGACAGUGGAUACAUUGCACCAGAGCAUUCUCAACCUGGUUUUGGUGGUAACACAAAGGCUGAUGUUUAUGCCUUUGGAGUGCUGCUUUUGGAGCUUUUGACAGGAAGGGAGCCUUUUGAUAAUUCAAGACCAAAAGCAGAGCAAUCGUUGACGAGAUGGGCUUCAUCGAAACUUCAUGACAGCACAUCAUUAGGACAGAUGGUUGAUCCAGCUAUUAUAAGAACAAUCUCCUCCAAAUCUGCCUCUCGAUUCGCUGACAUCAUAUCCCCAUGUAUACAGCCUGAGCAGGAAUUCAGGCCCACCAUGUCUGAAGUUGCCAAGUCUUUGAUGCUUCUGCUGCAAAAGCCAAUUGCCCCAGAUGGCCUUGAACCCGACUCUUUCGAUCGAUCUUUUAGGUCAACCAAUACCCGUUUCUGUGGAUCACCUACUCUAAGCUGCUACUCCGUGUAAGAGUCAAUAUAACAUACAUUUUGAUCUCCUGAUCACAUUGAUGUGAAAUAAUGUAGCAUAAAACUAAAAAUACACAAACUGUGUCGCACCCAAUUCUUUAGGUUAAGACAAUGCAGCAGUUUCAAAAAAAAAAAAAAA